GUCAAUAUUUAAGGCGGUGCUUCCCGCCCAUAAUAAAAUGGCAGAACCUGGAGAGGGUAAUGUAAGGCGUAAAGGUACAACUAUAGUGAAGCCAAUAGUAUAUGGUAACAUAGCAAGGUACUUUGGUAAGAAAAGAGAAGAUGACGGUCACACUCAUGCCUGGACGUGUUACUUGAAACCCUUCAAGAGUGAGGACAUGUCUUUCUUUAUCAAGAAAGUACAAUUCAAAUUGCACGAGAGCUACCCCAAUCCUCUCCGGAUCCUCUCAAAGCCACCGUACGAGAUACAAGAGACAGGAUGGGGGGAGUUUGAAAUUAUCAUCAAGAUAUUCUUCCAGGACCCGGCCGAGAAACCGGUGACAAUCUAUCACUUGUUGAAACUAUUCCAAUCGGACCCUGCUGUCAUUGCUGGGAAGAAGAAUGUAGUAUCAGAACAUUACGAUGAGGUAGUAUUCACAGACCCUACUAACACUAUGUAUGGAUUACUAAGCAACCCACGGCCCAUGAUACCAGCAGUGAGACAUGAGAGUGGCAUAGAUUAUAGAGACAUGGAAGAGCGACAUCUUUCAGCUAUAACUGCAGCACAGAAGAAGAUAAAGCUUGAGAUACAAGACCUCAGCGACAGAUUAAAGAUGACUAAAGAGUUAGUACAAAAAUACCGUGAGCAUUUGGAAGAGGCUGAAGAAGAGGAGGAUAUGGAAGAAAGGGACUGAUUAAUGCCAGCUUCUUUUUGUAAUAAUAUCUGACUCUUUUUAAUAUAAACUUAAAAUUUUUCAUGUCACAUUUCAUUAAUUUCACAUGACCAAAUCACUGAAUAACAGUA